AUGGCCCCUAUCGGGCUGGACAAACUGGCGCCGGAGCUGAUCGAGCUUCUGGUGAAGAACGCAUUCGACACGAACAAAGAGCAUAUGGAAAAAGGCUAUGACGUCCCCGCGACCACCAAGUUUUAUACUUCGCCAGAGAAAGACGCCAAACUCGAACGUUUUCAGGUCUGGCGGGAUCUUCUCAACCUGGCUGCCACCUGCAAAUACCUGCGUCGCGUCGCCGCCCCCCUGCGCAACAACCUGGAUGGCAUUGCCGUGGCGUUAAGUCAUGGCGCGGACCCUCAUAUCGGAGAUCGGACCACAGCCGUCUCGUGGACCUUUGGUGAUCAUAUCGGCCGCAAGGACUGGAAGGCCCUCAACCUAGAGGACUAA